CUCGGAACUACUUAAUUCUAGGGUUUAGUUUUUUCUUUUUUUCUUUUUCUUUCUUCUUCUUCUUCUUGUUCUUCUGCUGGAUUUCAUGCGAAGGAGGGCUUCAGGCUCAGCACGCCCUCGCAGCGCGGUCUCAAACCCCGUCACCCACCGCAGGCAAGACGCGAAGGACCAUCGUUGAAAUUCACCGGAUUACAUCGGCUAUAUAAUAUAUAUAUAUAUUUUUUGCGAUGCCGUCUGCGAGUGCACCGUCGACUAUGGGUGAAGACGUGAUGGUUCCGGACCCCCUUCCCUCUCAUCCGCCAGGUGAACGUGCGGUGAGCGUGUUGUGGUCCUUUGGAAAAUGCCUCGGCGCACUUUUACCAGUGUACCUGGCCGGGUACUUCGGAUUCAGCAUCAGCCUGGUCCUGCUCUGUCUGAUGAUCUACAUGGGAUGGAAACACGGCCGUCUCGAAAAACUGAUGAGGCUCAAGUCUGCCAUGUACCUUCUGGAAAACGAGAGGGAAUUCACGACUGAACAGGUCUUCAGAAGUAAACGUGAUCUGCCUCCAUGGGUCAACUUUCCAGAUGUGGAGAAAGUCGAGUGGCUGAACAAGAUCCUGCAGCAGGCUUGGCCCUUUGUGGGCCAGUAUAUGGAGAAAUUACUGGUGGAAACCAUUGCUCCUGCCAUCCGUGCUUCCAACAUUCAUCUUCAGACUCUCAGCUUUACCAAAGUCAACCUGGGAGACAAGGCAAUGAAGGUAGUGGGGGUAAAAGCUUACACAGAACACGAUAAGAGACAAGUGCUGCUGGAUUUGUAUGUGAGCUAUGCCGGUGAUGUUGAGAUUAAUGUGGAAAUCAAAAAGUACUUCUGCAAGGCUGGAGUGAAGGGAAUCCAGCUACAUGGGAAGCUGCGUGUGAUCCUGGAGCCUCUUAUUGGAGAUGUGCCUCUGGUUGGAGCCAUCACAAUGUUCUUCAUCCGCAGGCCUAAGCUGGACAUUAACUGGACUGGGCUGACGAACCUGCUGGAUAUCCCUGGGCUGAAUGCCAUGUCGGACACUAUGAUAAUGGAUGCAAUAGCCUCCCACCUGGUGCUCCCCAAUCGUCUCACUGUCCCUCUGGUGGCCGACCUGCACGUUGCACAGCUCCGCUCCCCUCUCCCAAGGGGAGUUGUGCGUAUUCACCUUCUGGAGGCUGAGAAUCUGACUGCCAAGGAUACUGUUAUCAAGGGAUUAAUUGAUGGGAAGUCGGACCCAUAUGCCUUGCUGCGCGUGGGAACACAGACCUUCACAUCUCACCACGUGGACAGCAACCUGAACCCACAGUGGAGGGAGAUGUACGAGGUUAUUGUCCAUGAAGUACCUGGUCAGGAGUUGGAGGUGGAAGUAUUUGACAAAGACCCAGACCAGGAUGACUUCCUGGGGAGGGUCAAGGUGGAUCUUGACAUCGUAAAGAAGGCCAGAGUUGUGGAUGACUGGUUCAAUCUGAAGGACGUCCCAUCGGGUAGUGUUCACCUCAGGCUGGAGUGGCUCUCUCUGCUGCCCUCUGCUGCUAGACUAAGCGAGGUGAUCCAGAGGAAUAAGAACCUCACCAGUAAGACGGCUGAACCUCCCUCAGCUGCCAUCCUAGCUGUCUAUUUGGACCAAGCUCAAGACCUGCCUUUGAAGAAAGGCAAUAAGGAACCCAGCCCUAUGGUCCAGCUUUCCAUACAGGAUACAACUCGAGAGAGCAGGACUUGCUAUGGGACCAACAACCCUAUGUGGGAGGAUGCCUUUACAUUCUUCAUUCAGGAUCCUCGCAAACAGGAUAUUGACCUUCAGGUAAAGGAUGAUGACCGUGCUCUGUCCCUGGGCAGUUUAACCAUUCCUCUGGCACAUCUUCUGGACAGCUCUGAACUCACCAUGGACCAGUGGUUCCAGUUGGAAAACUCUGGGUCCGCCAGCCGUAUCUACGUCAAAGCUGUUCUCAGGGUUUUAUGGUUAAAUGAGGAUGCCACUCCUACCACCCCCUCUCCACGCCCCUCAGGCCCUGGGUCAGGGCUGAAUCAAGGGGGGAACAUAUCAGAGGUGACCUUUGCCGGGAAUAGCGGGGUCGCGAAACCCACUCGACCACAGUAUACUACCCCUGAUCCAGAAUUUGCGACCGAGGGGGUACUUCGUAUCCACCUGCUGGAGGCCCACAACCUGAUAGCCAAGGACAACUUCAUGGGGGGGAUGGUGAAAGGAAAGAGUGACCCAUAUGUCAAGAUCCGUGUGGCUGGUAUCACCUUCCGCAGCCACACCAUCAAAGAAAACCUUAACCCUAUCUGGAAUGAACUCUAUGAGAUCAUAUUGACUCAGCUGCCUGGUCAGGAGAUCCAAUUUGAGCUGUUUGACAAGGACAUCGAUCAGGAUGACUUCUUGGGGAGGUUCAAGCUAAACCUACGAGACAUUAUCAGCACUCAGUUCAUAGAUACGUGGUACACACUGAAUGAUGUGAAGUCAGGUAGAGUGCAUCUGCUACUGGAGUGGCUGCCCAGAGUCACUGACUUGCCCAGACUGGAGCAGAUUCUGCUGUACCAGUCCCAACAGUCCUAUCAGAACAAGGUCGUGCCAUCUGCAGCUGUGCUGUUUGUGUAUGUUGAGCGUGCCCAUGGCCUGCCGCUGAAGAAGAGUGGAAAGGAGCCAAAAGUUGGGGCUGAAAUCAUCCUCAAAAGCACAAUACACCGAACCAAGAUUAGUGAGCGGUCCAUAUCGCCAAGGUGGGACGAAGCCUUUCAUUUUUUGGUUCGUGACCCCAGAGAUGAAAACCUUACAGUCAAGCUCUCCCACAGCUGGGGCCAGUCCCUUGGCUUCAUGGUGCUUCCUCUCAGAGAGGUGCUGGGACAGCAGGGAUUGGUUCUUGAUCGCUGGUUCAAUCUGGACGGAGCCCUGCCUGAGAGCCAAAUACUGCUUAGGGCCACACUCAAGAUCUUGGACACUCAGCUAGCAAUGGGCCAUAUGUCUGAUGAUGUCAGUGGAGAGGAAGGAGAGCAUAUCUUCCCCAAAUGGGACCCGUCCCAUCUAGAUCUCCGACACAGGAGUGGCUUUGCAGUAAUUGGUGAACAUGGAAGUGUAGCUGGCCAGGUGAAGCUUUCCAUUGGCUAUUCACUAGAUGAGAGCAGGCUUUUCAUCAUUGUCCUCUCCUGCAGGGCCCUGGCAUCUUGUUCCAAGGAUGGUGCGGACCCUUACGUUUCAUUAAUCCUGCUGCCCGACAAGAAGGGAGCAACAAAGAGGAAGACCGCAACCAAAAAGAGAGACCUCAAUCCAGAAUUCAAUGAGAGGUUUGACUUUGAUUUAUCUCUAGAGGAGUCUGCACAGAGAAGACUGGACCUGUCAGUAAAAAACAGUGUCUCCUUCAUGAGCAGAGAGAGGGAGCUUAUUGGCAAGUUGCAGCUCGACCUGGACCAAAUCGACCUCAAAACUGGUGUCACACAAUGGUAUGAUCUGGCGGCAGAGGCCAACUAGAGGAACUGAUGCUUGAUCUUCAGUAAACUGUCACUUUGAUUGUUGCUUCUGUGUACUGAUUUUGUGUGUUUAAUUGUUUAUUUGGCUUAUGUGCAAUUGAAUCAUUCCUGAAGAAAAACAUGCUGAAAUCUCCACAUAACACAACUCAUCAGUGCUACUUAAUUAUAAGUGUAGCAUGUAGCUUUUCAUUCAUAAAGUGCUUACCAUGCAGAAUUAAUGCAAUCAAGGACCAGUUCUUCAGUAAAAAAAACCCAAAACAUUGGAGUGAUAUGCAUUUGAUAAUGAUGCAGCUGUGUUGCAAAACCCACAAAGGUUGAACCAGUAGAGGGCAUUGUAAUGUCCUCUUUAUAGUUAAUUCACAAAAGGGCUGGUGCUGUGAUUAUGUUGAUGUUUUCCUGGAUAUCUCGAGGUUUUAAAAAUGUAUUUUAAUGUACUUACAGCAUUCAACACAACUGAGAGUUAUUCCUUUGAAUUUUCAUUUUCUAUACACCUUAAACAAUCCUGAAGAUGACUUUGUUUAUAUGUGUUUAUAUCAUUGCCUGAUGUAUUACAAAACUGCACAAUUUUUCAAGAUGUUAUGCAUUAUGUUUCAAAUGAAGAACUUUUUAUAUGUUUUAACUCAAUAUCCGGAAGUUGCUUUUAUAAUUCAGGAUAAGUAUUACAGAACUAGACCCUCAUAAUGCAGCUGAAAACAACUGAUAAGUUACUGAAAGUCUGAAUCACUGUGUUUUUAUUUGAUAAAAAGUGAACUUCAAUGCAUAUAUAAAAAGAAAAAACAUAUCACAAUAGAAUAUGCAGUAUAGAAUGUAAGUAUAUAGCAUUAUUAUUCUCAGAUUCUCUUGUGUUUGUAAACAUGUGCCAAAUCCGUUUGGGGAAUCCUGUACGCCAGGUAGUCAUGCUCAUACGGUAUUUCCAAGAAAACCGGUGACCUUAGCCAUGACCUGAAGAGGAGCGUGCAUGUACAUUGCAAGAAAACCUCCCUGUCUAAUCACUAUCUGCCAUCUCAUUGCUUGAAGCUUUGAAAACUAUUUUGUGGCAAGUUUAAAAUGUAGUGUUAGUGCUCGGACUAAAGGAACUGCUGUGCUUUUGACAUCAUUUGCACGCCUCAUUAUGUGUCUGCUCUGAAGUUGCCGAUUAAAGUUUGCACACUCAG